GCAAACGCCGGGUUCUCGGGUUAAGCUGAUGGUUUGCGGCAGUUCCUGUGGACUGCUCGCCUGCUGGUGAACUGAUUCGGAUGUUUGAUGCUUUGGGCCGGUGAAGGCGGCGGGGUUCCCUGCCCUCGGUGAUCAUGACGCUGGCCCCCAAGGAGCUGAGUAACCUGAUCGGCAUUAUCUGCGAGGAGGCGACGAGUAACACCUUCGAGGGCCUGUCCACCGCCUUCCACCAUUACUUCGGCAAGCAUGACCACUUCCGCCUCGGCUCCACGCUCGUUAUGUUGUUACAGCAGCCCGACCUGUUGCCCAGUCCACAGCAGCGCCUCACCGCCCUCUACCUUCUCUGGGAGAUGUAUCGCACCGAGCCCCUGGCCGCCAACCCGUUCGCCGCUGUGUUCGCGCACUUGCUGAACGCGGGCCCGACGGCCGAGGAGCAGGAUAGGCCGUUGCUCGGAUUUUUACCACCUAUUACACCUCCGGAGAAGUUUUUCCUAUCUCAGUUGAUGCUGGCUCCUCCAAGGGAACUAUUUAAGAAGACUCCCCGUCAGAUUGCAUGUAUGGAUGUUGGUAACAUGCCUCAGUCUGUUGACAUUAGUGGUUUGCAACUGGCCUUAGCUGAGCGUCAGUCUGAAUUACCUACACAGAGCAAAGCCAGUUUUCCAAGCAUUCUUCCCGAUCCUGAUCCUGACUCCUCUAACUCUGGAUUCGACAGUUCUGUAGCAACUCAAAUCAUAGAGGCUUUAGUGAGUGGACCAAGACCACCAAUAGAAAGUCACUUUCGGCCAGAGUUUAUUCGGCCGGCUCCUCCACUUCAUGUAUGUGAAGAUGAGUUAGCUUGGCUAAACCCAACAGAACCUGACCAUACAAUCCAAUGGGAUAAAACCAUGUGUGUUAAAAACAGCACUGGGGUGGAAAUUAAGCGGAUCAUGGCAAAGGCUUUCAAGAGUCCAUUGUCUGCACAGCAACAAACACAGCUCCUUGGUGAAUUAGAAAAAGAUCCAAAGCUAGUUUACCAUAUUGGACUGACUCCUGUCAAGCUGCCUGAUCUGGUAGAAAAUAACCCUUUGGUGGCAAUAGAAAUGUUAUUGAAGCUAAUGCAAUCAAGCCAGAUUACAGAAUAUUUCUCUGUACUUGUAAAUAUGGAUAUGUCUCUUCAUUCAAUGGAAGUUGUAAAUAGGUUAACCACAGCUGUUGAUCUUCCUCCAGAAUUUAUUCAUCUGUAUAUUUCAAACUGUAUCUCCACUUGUGAACAAAUUAAGGAUAAAUACAUGCAGAAUCGCUUGGUGCGCCUUGUAUGUGUCUUCCUCCAGUCUUUAAUCAGAAACAAGAUAAUCAAUGUCCAGGACUUGUUCAUUGAAGUACAGGCCUUCUGCAUUGAGUUUAGCCGAAUACGAGAAGCAGCUGGCCUAUUUAGGUUACUGAAAACACUGGAUACUGGAGAAAAUCCUCCGGAAGCAAAAUCAUCAAAAUAAAGGAAGGCAAUAUUCACAACUUAAGACAGGAAUACAUUUAGAAAUAUUUCUGUGAUUUCGGUGUACCACUGAAAAAAUAACUACUUUUGUUUCAAAACCAUAAGGCUUUCUUAAGCAGCAAGUUUGCCCAAAUGGGACCUGAUUUAUUUUCUUGUUAUACAAGUAUAUAAACUGAUACUGAUUAGCAUCCUAAACAUAUUUUGGUAGGCUAGAGUUAUAUAGCAAUGAACAUCACUUUGCUGACUUCUAUAUCAUUUGGGGUAGGAUGUACUUUCUUUAAAAGAACACAACUAGUUUAUUUCGUAACACCAUAUGUAUAAACACAAUGCAAGUUAUCACAUUCAUCUAAUGACUGAAAGCUCAUAAAGUAUUAAAGUAAUAGAGAGUGAACUUGAAAUUUGAAACUUCAUAUUGAUUAUAAAAGUUUUAUUUAAAUUAAAAUGCUGUAAAUUGAAGCACCAUAUACUUAUUUGUUGAUAUUUUUAUUGAGAGAUGGAAAUUGCUAAUCUAAUUUUCAGGUCACCCUGAUGAAAUGCUUAUAUUCUUGUAGGAAUUUCACCCAAAUAUUAGGUUGCCAACAAUAGCAUUCACACCAGUUACCUGACAUAGGAAAGUGCAAAUCAUACUUAUUAGUGAUUUUUGGAAACAUUACACUUGUAUUUUAAUUCAUCAGGAUGUGGGCGUCACUUAAAAGGGUAAGUUGCCUAACUGGCUUGAUGGUGGUAUGCCUUAUGGUGGAAGGGCUUGCACAAAGCAUUUGAGGGGUUGUUUUCAUCCACUUAUCCCACAGAUAAUGAGUAUCAUGAGUUUUAGUUGUCUGAAUAGCCUCGGAAUAAAACUACACAGGCAACCCUCUCACUCAUACAUACCCUCCUCCUCUCCCCCCCCCCCAACAUUAUGGUAAUUUGGAAAACAAAUUUCACUCUUAGAGAAUCUGUAAAUUACUAUCCAAAAAUGUGACAUACAGAAUAAAAUUCAUCCAUAUUGAUUUUUUUUCUGACAUUGAGGAUCCACAGGAGUCAUGAGCAGCUCCUUAAUCACUUGGCCUUUACUCCAGUAAGUCACUGACCGUUAACCUAUUAUUCCCCUGAUUUACUACACCAUCUUUCUUCCAUCCUCAAAUUCCAUCCCUUUCCCUGAUAUAAUCUCUUCCUUAACCCUUUCCUAAUCCACGAGACUUAAGUGUCAGAGGAAAUGCCUCACGGAUGGACUGUGUGGUAGAGCUGCACUCUCAGACAUCUGGUCACGUGUCCUCAGGCUGGUGGAUUUAUAAGGCUGCACUUGGAGUAUUCUGGGCGAUUCUUGGUCCCUUCUCUAAGAAAGGAUGUAAUGGCAUCGGAGACGAUCAAGAGGAGGUUCACGAGAAUGAUCCUGGGUUGACAUGUGAGAAGCAUUUGACACAUCUGGGCCUGCACUUGUAGGAGUUUGAAAUCUAUUGAAUAUUCUAAGGCCUAGAUAGAGUGGACAUGGAGAGGAUAUUUCCCUUAGAGAGGGAGUCUGGGAUCAGAGGGUACAGCCACAGAGAAUAGAAGGAUGUCCUUUUGAACAAAGAUGUGGAAUUCCUUUAGCCAGAGGGUGAUGAAUCUGUGGAAUUCAUUGCCACAGGUGGCUGUUGAGGCCAAGUCAUUGGAUAUAUUUAAAAUGGAGGUUGGUAGGUUCUUGAUGUGGUACUUGCCAAAGGUUAUAGGGAGAAGGUCGAAUGGGGUUGAGAGGGAUAAUAAAUCAACCAUGAUAGUGGGACAGCAGACAAUGGGCUGAUUGACCUCAUUCUGGUUAUGUGUCUUAUGGUCUAAACCUUUUGUCUAAUUUCUAUGUACCUCUUAAAAUAUAUUUUAAAUGCUGCAACUAUCUAUCUGCAUCCUCCUCUGAAAGCUUAUUCCAUGUAUUACCAUCUUACCUGGAAAAAGUUAUUUGUCAGGUCCCCUUUAAAUCUUUCCCAUCUCACUUUAAAAUUAUGCCCUCUCGUUUCAGACUUCCCUACUCUGUACCAUUAGAAGGUGGCCCAAAACAGUAUUGGAGAACGAACACCUCAUCUUCCAUCUUGCCAAAAUGCUGCCUUCUGGACUUGAUACUGAGUUCAACAACUUAAGUUAACUGUAUUUUUGUCUAUAUUUUUCACCCAUCUGUGACAUUAGCUCAGUUUUUCCCGCUGUAUUUGUCUCUGGGAAUUGACAUGGCCAGUUGGCUAUACCCUUUUUUUUUCUAACCUUGUUUAUCCAUCUUUGUUCUCACUGUACAGCUCACAUUCAUUCAUUGAUCAAAUAACCUUUUUUUGCAGCAUAUCCCCAUGAUCACCCUGCUCUUACUCCAUCAAAGACAUCCUCCUCCUCUCACCCUCUCUGCAGCUUAACAAUCUUGUCUCUCCCCCAGUUCUGCUGAAGAGUCUUCUACCUGAAAAGUUGACUUGUUUCUUUUCUCAUAGAUGUGGCCUGUCCUGUUGAGUAUAUCCAGUACUUUGUUCUUUCUUUUGGAUUUCCUGCAUUUGUAACCUGUUAUUUUAACAAUGGUAAUUAAUGAUCAUGUAGAAUACCUGAUUAAAUCCACAGUUAAAAUCACUAUUUCCAGAGUUUAUUGUCUAUAUUUUCAAUAACUUUUUCACUGCCAUAGGCAGUGAUUGGAAUACCAUUCAUUUUAUCUUGUGGCUGUAGCUUCAUGCACAAUACAGCACACUUUUGCAGCAGAGCCACUAUCAUUAAUGCACCAUGACUGCACUGCAUACUACCUACAAACUCUAGCACAGCAAUUUGCUAAGCUACCUUAGCACCCUCAGCAAUAAUGAAAAGACUAACAGUGUGUUCAAGCUAUCCUCCAACUCAAAUGCUGCUGUGGAAAUAUAUUGCCAUUGUUGCAGAUUUUUGAAUCAAAGGUCUACCAAACAUUAUGAGAAUAAAGGCAUCCAUUAGUCUUGCAUGGAUCUGCACCUGGAAAGUCUUCACUCUCCAGGGCGCAGGCCUGGGCAAGGAGAAUAACCUUGUAUCAUUUCUACUUGGAGUGCAGCAAUUCAAUUGUGGCUCAAUGGCAAGUUAUGAUAAACAAAGUUGGCUUCACCAGUGGCAUCCAAAGAGAGAGGAGUAGGAACACAGCCUAUUACCUCUGGUCCUUGAGGUCAAAGAAAUUGUGGGUUACACAAAGUAAUUUUUGCAAAACUUUGAAGAUUUCUGAGGUCAUGGAGCAUAGAAUAGUAACGUUCAGAUCCCAAGAUCAUUGCUGCUGAGAUGAAAAUAAAUCUAGAGAUGAUCACUAUCAUCUAUUACAAUCUGUUGGAUGUGAUGGUGUACUGAAGUGGCAAGUCCAUUCUUUCACCUUGAAGCGAGGUUGGUAGAGAAAAUGGUUGAAAGCCCCCAUCAAAGUGACAGUUGAGCAAUAUUAAGACACUAGCUAAAGAAUUCUUUGGUUGAAUGGUGUUUGAACAUUUAGAAGUAUGGAUCAUUUGAGGCUAGGAGCAACAUGCUACAGGCACACGUUUAAAAUAAUGUGAUCCUAGUUUGAAAGAUUUACUUAAUAGUAUAAUUCUUUAUUGGAUAUGAUAAGUUUGCUUUAAUACACAUUUGCAAAAGUAAAUGGCACAAAUGGAACUGACCCAAGCAGUGGACGGAAGCUUUGCUGAGAGCCAGCAUUGAAGACUACCAUGUGAUAGAGGAGACAGCUAAGGAAGACAAUGACAAUGUAAUGAACCCACAAAAGCUCUGCUAAAUCUCACAGGAACGUUAAUAAUUUACUAGAUCCAUUAAAGCUUUUUUUUAAAGCAAAAGCCUGGGUCAAUUCCAAAAGUUGCUCCUGUGUGUACGUUUACUGAACAGCAAAUGUUAAAAGUCAACCUGAAAAAUAAUUGCUGAAAUAUUAAAAUAACAUCUAAGAUCAUUGGGGAUGUUCAACAAAUUUUUAAGUGCUUGAAUUCAAAUACAGUUGCAAGAAACAAUUUUGAUAAAUUGUAAAUAUAUUGAGUGGUAAUUGGAACAAAUUUUUUCUUUGGGGAAGAAAAAAGGAUGAAAUAGCUACACUUUUUGGUGAACAUUAUAUUUAUUGCUGGAACAAAUAUUUCUUCAACAAAAAGACCUCUACUGAUCCUGAUCCUAUAGAGCCAGUAACCAGAUAGAAUAUUCCAUGCAAUUAAAGAGUGAUCCUAAACCAAAUUAGAUUAUUAUCAAAGAUGAUCUAACCAUCCUUUCCUUCAGUAGAAUCAAGACCACUGAAGCAACAAAAAGUUAAGCAAUGGAAAAAAGUUGUCAAAGUUUAUCCUUUCCAGUCUUUCUCAAAGUACACUUGUUUACGAUAAUGUAAAAGUUUACUUCUGCUGCAACUGUAAAUGGGAAACAUACAACUGCUAGUGGACAUUUAGCUGAAAUAUCUGUGCCACAUUGCCAAUUAAGUCUGUAUUCUUUAUAGUACUAAUAUCUGAGUAACUUUUUCA